ACAGGUGUGUACCCACCCAGGAACCAUCCAUCCUCUCCCAGCUUGGUUGUGUUUUCUCUUCACUCUGACUGUAAUAUUGACUGAGGCUGGGAUUGGAAAGGAGGCUUAUUGACUGCUGGACUGGUGAUUGGCUCUAACUUUUCUUUCCAACUGUAUCACCUGAAUCAUCAAAAAAUUAGAGUGUGAAGACACAAAACUGUGAGAAAUCUGUGGUAGAAGCUGAGACUGGGAUAGUUGUAGUUAUUCAGGUCUCCUCUGUAACUGUACUAUGACUGGGGCUGAGAUUGAGACUGGUGUCCAGGCCAAGCCUGAAAAGAAGCCUGGCAAAGAGGUUGCUGGUGGGACUGAAAGAGAGAAUGAAGUCCCAAUGGUGGUCAGACCAAAGGUUAGGACCCAGGCCCAGGUAAUGCUUGGAGCAAGGCCCAAAACUGAGACCGUGGCAGUAACUGAGACACAUCCUAAGAGUGAGGCCAAGGCAAUCACUGUAGAAAUGUCCAUGAAUGAAACCUAUUCAUGGGCCAAGACUGAGUUUGAUGCUGAGGUCCUACUGAAGACAGAGGGAGUGUUCCAAAACAAUGCUGUAGCCUGGCCGCUGAUCAGUACUGAGUCUGGGUCAGUUGCAAAACCUAAGACCUCAUCUAUGGUUAGGGAACUGGCCAGUAUGGAUGCUGAGUCCUUUCCUGGCACUAAGGUCAAGUCCCAAUCAGGAAUCCAGCAUUUGCUUGUGUCAGAGGAGGAGACCAAUAUGGGGUCUUGGUGCCAUCCCAGGCCUACAUCUAAAAAAGAGGCCUUUCACAAUUGUGAUUUCAGAUGGGUGGAUAGAUCCUUUAUGAACUCCUGGUUCUGCAGUAGAGAAGAGGUCAGUACAAGGCUUCAUCCUAGAGAUAGGGUAAAAGCUAGUACUAGGUCUAGGCACAUGACCAAAGAAGAGGCUAUGUCUAGGCCCAAAACCAGUUGGGAACUCUAUGUUGCCUCCAGUUCUGGUUCUGAAGAUGAAUCUAUCAAGAAAUCUUGGUUCUGGGUCAGAGAAAAGACCAGUAUCCAGUCUAGGCCUAGGGAAGAGACCAAUAGUAGGCCCUGGUUUAGGUCUAAGAAAGAAGUCUCUGAAUCCAGUUCUGGGUCUGAAUGUGAAGACAAUGUCAAAUCCUGGUUUUGGGCUGGAGAGGAGGGUAGGUACAAACCCAGAGCCAGGAAGGGGGCCAAUGUCAGCGCCAGGCACAGGGCCAAGCAAGAAACUUCCAUUGAUUUCAUGUCUGAGUCUAUGGAUGUAGUCAAAAAAGAGCCCUGGUUCCUGCCCGGAGAGAAGACUAAUAACUUGGCCAAGCCCAAGUCCAAGAAAGAGGUCAGGGCCAGAGCAGUGGCAAAGGAAGAAGCCAAAAUCAAGGCCAGAGCCAGGGCCAAGCAAGAAGCCAGGCCAGAAGAAGAGUUCCUCACCGGGGCCUGGUUCUGGGCUGUGGAAGACUCCAGCAUAGUUGGUGGGGCCACUGUCAAGUCCGGUUCUCAAGUGGAGGAUGAGUCCAUUGUUGGCAGUUGGUUCUGGACUGAAGAAGAAACCAGUGAUACAUUCAGACCACAGGCUGAGCAGGAGCCUAUUGGCAGUUCUGUGUUUGGAAGUGGGGAAAAGACCAGUGUGGAAACUGAGGCUGAUGCCACUUCCAAAUCAUUGCUUACAGAUGACAAAGAAAAGGUCAUUGCCAGUUUUUGCUGGGCUAAUGAAGAAUCCAACCCAGAGGCUGAAGAAGAGCCCAUUUUUGGGUCUUGGUUUUGGGUCAGUGAUGAGGCCAGUGUAGAAGCUGGGGUUGGGGCCAACUGUGGGUCCAGGCCAAAGUCUGAGGAAGAAGAGGUCAUUGGCCCCUGGUUUUGGGCUGGAGAAGAAAUCAGCACAGUGGCUGAGUUCAGAGAAGAGGCCGGGCCAGGAGCUGAAGAGGAGACAAUAUUUUGGCCCUGGUUUUGGGCUGGAAACCAGGCCCACAUGGAUUCUGGGGCUGAAGUCAACUGUGAUACUAUGCCAGGGACUGAGGAGGAGGAACCAAUUAUUGGGUCAUGGUUCUGGCCUGGAGUAGAAGCUUGUGGGAGGGCUAAAGUGAAUAAUAAGUCUAGCCUGGAGGACAAGGAAAAGAGUAUUACAUCGUCUUGGUCUGGGACCACUGAAGAGAUCCGUAUGAAGUAUGCUGCUGGUGCCCAGUGUAAAUUUAUGACAGCUGCUGAAGAGAUUAACAGUGAGUCUGGUUUCUGGUCAGGAGAAAGUCCCUGUAUGUUUCCUGCCAAUGAAGGCAGCUGGAAGUCUAGGCUAGAGGACGAACAAGACAUUGUUAAUUCAUGGUUCUGGUCCAUAAAAUAUACAGGGCCAGAGACCAUUGUAGGUCCCUCGUUAUGGGCUGUGGAAGAAAGCAGUACAGAUGAUAGGGCUGAAGAAGAAGCCAAGCCACCUACCAAAGAGGAGACCAUGAUCACAUCCUGGUUCUGGAAAGGGAAUAAAGCCAUUAUAGAGGCUGCAGACAAAGAAGAAUCCAGGCUGGAUAUUGAAGAGGAAGACAUUAUUGGCUCUUGGUUCUGGGCUAGGGAGGAAGACAGGCUUAAAACAGAAGUGGAGGCUAGAGAAGAGGACAGGCUGGCAGCUGAAGAAGAACUUUUUGUUGGGUCUUGGUUCUGGGCCAGGGAAGAGGCUAUUAGGAACGAGGCUAACAUUUGUAGCAAAUAAAGUCCAAAAGUUGGAGAGGAGGAAGUCAUUGUUGAGUCCUGGUUCUGGGCUGAAGAAGAGACCAGUCUGGAGGCAGGGGCUAGUUUUGAGUCCAAGCAUGGAGCUGAAAAGGAGGAAAUCAUUGUUGGGUCCUGGUUCUGGGCUGAAGAAGAGAGUAUAGACAUUAGACCUCAGGCAGUAGAAGAGACCACAUCAAGGUCUGGAGAGGAAACCAUUUUUGAAUCCUGGUUCUGGGAUGCAAAAGAAGUCAAUGUAGAAGCCAAAACAUGCUGUGCAUCUAAGCCAGAGGAUGAUAAAGAGAUGAUUGUUGAGUCAUGGUUCUUGUCUGGAGAGAAGGACAUUAGUGAGACUGAAACUGGGGCCACCUCUGAGUCUAGGCCAGAAAAUGAGGAAGGGGCAGUUGUUGGGUCCUGGUUUAUGGCUAAAAAUGAGGACAAUAACAGGAGUAGUGUUGGAACCAACUAUGAGUCCAGGACAAUAGCUGAGGAGGAUGAGGCCAUUGUGGGGUCCUGGUUUGGGGCAGAAGAUGAGACCCAUUUUGAAUCAGAUCCUAGCCCUGUGUACAGGGCCAUUUGCAGAUCCAGAUGUUCAGUUGAGCAGGAGCCUGAUGCUUCACACAGGCCCCAGAGCUGGGAGGAGGUUACUGUUCAGUUCAAGCCUGGUCCAUGGGGUACGGUUGGCUUCCCAUCCCCAAGCCCCUUUAGAUUUUCAAAAGAAGCAGCAUUUCUGUUCUCUGAAAUGUUUGGAGGAAAGCCAAAGUACAUGGAACUGAGCCUAGAAGGGGAAGACCAGGAAUCUUUGCUUCAGGCUAAUCAACCUGACCCCGAGUUCCCAUUUCAGUAUGAUCCAUUCUACUGGUCAGUCGUGCAAAUUCGGGAGCAUCUUAGGACCAAGGAGAGUGCAGAGCCUGAGAGUUGCUCCUGCAGCUGCAUACAGAGUGAGCUUAAAAUUGGUCCUGAAGAGUUUGAAGAAGAACUAUUAAUGGACAAAAUCCAAGAUCCUUUUAUUCAUGAAAUACCUAAAAUUGCAAUGGGUAUGAGAACUACUUUUCAAUAUACUCAUGAUUUCAUUCACAAUUCAGGUGUUGUCUCACUUAUUGAAACCUUGCUCAAUUAUCCCUCCUCCUGAGUUAGGACAAGGCUUCUAGAGAAUAUGAUUCACAUGGCUCCACCUUACCCAAAUCUGAACAUAAUUCAGACAUAUGUAUGUCAAGUAUGUGAGGAAACUCUUGCUUAUAGCUUGGAUUCCCCUGAGCAGUUAUCUGGAAUAAAGAUGGUUAGACACCUCACUAGAGCCACUGACUAUCACACACUGAUUGCCAGGUAUAUAUCUGGAUUUCUUUUGUUAUUAGCCACAGGCAAUACUGAAACAAGGUUUCAUGUUUUGAAAAUACUGUUGAAUUUGUCUGAAAAUCCUGUCAUGACAAAAGAACUACUCAAUGCUAAAGCAGUGUCAGAAUUUAUGGGCCUUUUUAGCAGGAAAGAGACAAAUGAUAAUAUUCAAGUUGUUCUAGCAAUGCUUGAGAAUAUUGGUAAUGAUAUAAAAAAAGAGGCUUUGUUCACUGAUGAUGAUUUCAGUCUUGAGCCAUCUUCUGCAUUCCAUGAAGUUGAAAAAUUUGCUAAGGAACUGCAAGGCAAAGUAGAUCAUAAAAAGGACCCCUAGGCAGACUAAAAAAAUUAGUAUGAUUAGUUACUUGGCUCUGAUUAUCCUUAUGUUCCUGAGUUAUGAUCCUUGAAUAAUGUUUUCAAAGUUGGUUCUAUGUUGUAAUGUACAUCCUUAAUGCUGAUACUAAUUUUGCCCAACUUUGUAUGAGCUGGGUCUAUCUUCUGAUGCCAAACAAGUAUUAAAACUGAAAGCACAUUUGUUGAUAUUUGUUUUUGUCCAGAUUGUGAAUUUAGUAUUUAAACUUACAGUGAAUUGAGCCAUCGUAAGUAAGCUACCCUUUUGAUUGUUCUGGUGUUACUGAUGUCGAUUUGAGUCAUGUCCUGUUUUCAAUAAAGUUCUGUGUUUAAGUAGGCAGAAAUCACCCUUCUCCUUGAACUUAAAAUAUAGAUGCCAAGAUAACACAUGACAACAUAGAGAUAAUUAAUGUAUGAAUAAUAAUGCUCCUUGAAAAAGCUUACUCUUAUAUCUGUAAAUGCAAAUAUUACCAUGGGUUGAUACUCAGGGUAUGAUUUAGAAAAAAAGCACCCAGUUGAUUUGGGCUCUGAAAUGUAGGGAAGAGGUUGGAUGUUGUGAAGAAAAGCUCACAGUUGGAAAAGUGCUCCUGUGGGAGUGAGUUAUCCAGUCUGCCUGGAGUGGCUGUGAGGAGUAUUAAGUAUUAAGCAAUAUAAAAUGAGGUAAGUGUUGAAGAGCUGAGAAGUUGCAUUUUGCAAUUCAAAGUAUGGGUGUUUCUUUGAUAAUGCCUAAAGCAGGGGUCCGGGGUGCGGACCAGUACUGGUCUGUGGCCUGUUAGGAAGCAGGCCACACAGCAGGAGGUGAGCAGAAGGCUUCCUCUGAGCUCAGCCCAUCCCUUGCAUUACUGUCUGAACCAUGCCCCCCUGUAUUGCUCACAUUACCAACUGAACCAUCCUUGUCCCCUCCCCACCCCCAGUCUGUGAAGAACUUGUCUUAUAUGAAAGUGGUCCCUGGUGCCAGAAAUGUUGGAGACCACUGGCCCACAAGUUAAAAGGAAAAGACCAGAAAGCACACAAAUUUAACUGUCAGGAAGACCAUUUCUUCAUGGAGAAUGUUAAGGUAACAGCAUACAGCUACUAAGAGUGAUGAUAUACAGGUUUUUUAAUUGGCUAAGAAAAGCUCCUGCCUUCUAUAUUUGAUGAAAUAGAAAAGACUGGUAAAAUAUAUGGAAGGAUGAUACUCCCCAAAUGUGUGAAAUGGACUGAAUUUAUGAAAUGUAUAUUAUUUGAUUAUGGAAAAUCUUAUAACCAUUUAAAACAUGUCAAAAGAGUAAAGAAGUGUGAGAGACUACAAUUUAGGACUGGGUUGCCAAAUAAAAAUGCAUAAUUAUUUUAAAAGGAGUAAAUUGUAAACUUUCUAAAGUUUGACUUUAUGGUACACAUUUAUUUUUUCGGAUUCACAAAGGUAGUAAUUAUCUUCAGACAGGAUUAAAAGUCAGGGAUUAUGUUGAUUUGGGGUAGGAGGGAGUCCAGGCUAAAGGAAAAUAUACAAAUUUUUAUUCACCUUGGUUUGUCUCAGGAUGGAAAAAAAAAUUUUUUUUUCUAUAAGACUCUAGGCUGUAAGAUUUUUGUAAGUAGGGCAAAGUGGCAGAUUUCAUCCAUUCACAAACCAGAAGUGAUAACAGAGAUCGUCCUGGUGGUGGAAAUUCGAGACAGAAUGUUUAUUUUGCCUAUCAGUAUUUUCAAGAUAGAUCUUGCACGUGUUUUAAUACAUCACCCCAGUCUUAUCAGUUCAGUCGCUCAGUCGUGUCCGACUCUUGGCGAGCCCAUGGACUGCAGCACGCCAGGCUUCCCCUGUCCAUCACCAACUCCCGGAGCCUACUCAAACGAGUUUGAUACGGAAUAUUAAAAGUCAGUUGGUCUCUGAACUCCUCAUGGAGCGUUCCUCGCCAGCCCUGUGUUCCUACAGAGCAAAGCCCAGGCCUAGGACUGGAAGCGUUGGCUCCAAUCCAGCCUUCCUUUCAGUUCUCUAUCUUCACCACCACCGGGAGCUUCAGGUUGUUCUAGCAAGCAGCUAAGCCCCAGAGGCAGAAGACUGUACCUUGCUUGCUACCGCAGGGCAGCGGCAGACAUGCCGAAUGUGCGGUCACGUGAGGCUGAGGGUGGGUCACAUGACGGCGCUCUCACUUGGACCAGCGUAGAGGUGCCCAGGAUUACGGUAAUUGUUGGCAGAGGACACAAUCGCGGGCGUCAGCCGGGGCCUGAUUUUUGUCCAGGAGCUCAAGAGGCCGGAAGUCAUCCUGAGGGAGGCGUAUGUGGAGAGAAGCAGCGGCCGCUGUUGGAGGAGACCUUCUUUAAGGCUGGUUACUUCUGCAAGGAAGGAAAGAAGGAAGAGACUGAAAUCUCUGAAGAUUUGCAGACUGCUGCAGAACCCCUUGACCAUUUCCUGUCCUGCAGGAGUGUUAGGAUUGUUGGGACAGCCUGCUGUUUGCAUAAGGCUUAAUACCACUGAAACAAAACAAGGAGAGGAAGAUUGUGCCACAUUAGUGCAGAUUGACUUCCAGUGGCAGCUCUGGUGGUGUUGGAAUUGCUGCUGACCAUCACCAUCGACAGGUCUGCACCCUGCCCUGGGGAACCAUCCAUCCUCUCCCAGCUUGGUUGGUCUUCUUCUGCACUCUGUGAUAUUGGCUGGGACUGGUAUUGGAAAGGAGGCUGAUUGAGUUCUGGA